UCCCGCGCAGCUGGGUCGUGGAGCGGCCUCGCGCGGUCUCCUUUGCAAAUGGGCUCCGUGGCCUAGCGCCCCCGUUCCCCGCUCCCGUGAUCUUGCGCCGAGGCCCGCGAGGGGUCGCCGCCGAGGUUUCCACCAGCCGCAAGCAAGAGCAUGGCAGCCAUCCCCUCCAGCGGCUCGCUCGUGGCCACCCACGACUACUACCGGCGCCGCCUGGGUUCCACUUCCAGCAACAGCUCCAGUGGAAGUGCCGAGUACCCUGGGGAAGCCAUCCCCCACCCCCCGGGUCUCCCCAAGGCUGACCCGGGCCACUGGUGGGCGAGCUUCUUUUUCGGGAAAUCCACUGUCCCAUUCAUGGCCACAGUGUUGGAGUCCCCAGAGCACUCACAAUCUCUCCAGGCCUCCAGCAGCAUUAUCACCUGUGACCUGGCUCGGGAAGCCACAAGGAAGCAGCCUGGUGGCCAGCCCAGCAAAGCCAGCGCUGGGCCCCCAUCCUGAGUGGCCCCCACCAGCCACCAGACUUGCAGAGGCGCUGGGCUCUCGAGCCCCUCCCCACCCCACCCCACCCACAGGCUAGGCAGGCUGCAGCUAGCAGAAGCAGUUAGGUUCUAUCAAAACAGCAAAACACCAAAAAGGAACUUGA